UGCUACAAUCCGAGGGCGCGCGCGUUCGCGUUCGAGGGGUUGUCGCCGGAGGACAAUCUUGACGGCUGCACGAGGAAAGCGUCCUUCGGGAAGCACCCGGUCUGUUGUCGGCGACCCCGCGUGGUCCUCUGCGUGGCCAAGUUUCCCUUGGCGGACGAUUGCGGCGCGGUCACCGAUGUGCGCCACUUGGCUCGAGUGGUUCAAAAGCUGCACUCGUCGCGACCCGCCAGCUGCACGAGAUGCGCGCUUCCAAGGAGACAGCCAGGGGCUCGUGACUCCGUCGUGAUUGUGCCGUGAAAGGGAUCGCUACAGCUGUAGUAGCUGGUUAUUUGAGAAAGCAUAACUUUGUCGCGCUUACGCCAGGCAAGUGAUAAUUUUCUCCUCUGUUCUUACUUUACGCCUCUUUGUCUGUCAGUUUAACUUUCUCACGUCGAGCACGUGCGCAAACGUUACUGUCAAUGCACUAUUUGGCCAAUAUUCCACUAGUAUGUCAUUAGAUAGCACCCACUUUUUUUCGACGGUAGUGUCUAUUGCGUCUAAAGAGGCCGUUAAGCGUGCGAACGUCUGAGCGACAGAUCACGAAAGGCAAUCUGUUUCAGGGCCACCUCGUUUGCCGUAUUUGUCUGUAGUAGAUGCGACGAUAAAAGCUCCCUCAUAAGCUUUUUUAAAGAGCUUAGUGUCGACUCGCAUUACGGUUACGGGACUCCACGAGCCUGCUUUGUUGACAUCCACUUCCUGCAGCUUAAUGGUCACUGACACGAGCGAACGAACCGUGUUCCUUGAAAGACCCUUGCGCGCCUGAAGACUUGGAAGGCAGUAAGGCGUAAGUGUAUUUGCAGCAACGAUCAGAACGCUUUCGGCCUGAGGCUUGGGCUGCCUGUAGAACAUUCCAGCAUUUCCAGCUGUUGCUUUUCUUUUUUCUACAGCCCACGCCUAUUGAUCUUUCCAUGAAGACAUACUCAGAGUUCUCAGCCCCCCGGCCACACCGUCUUUAACGGCCAACGCUUUUUCGGAUCGUUUCCGUCCGUCUCCGUCAAGGUCAUUACCAGAAACGCGAUCAGACUUGCAAAGAUAGCUCGAGUGUUUUAUUCCGCAAGGGAAAAAAGUCUUUAGUACCGGCGAUUGUUUCUUUCCCAUUCACUUAAGUCGACGCUUAAAAAGAAAAAAAUUGUGUGACAUUUGCCAGAAAGCACAGUAUCAGGUAAAAUAAAUAAAUACGCUUAAAGUGGGCGUGCUCUGUUAUAAUUGCUAUUUUCCGAAACUGCAAGCGUUGUUCAGGAAGCUAUUUGGAAUCCAAAGCAUGAAUGCCUACUUUAUAAGGUCGCUAACGAUUUUCAUGGCGUCUUCAACGCUCAAUCAUUAAAGGAAGAAAGCGGUUGUAAAUAAGAUUGGAAGAUACAGGGCAGGUCAAAAAGGGCAGAGCAAGUAGUUCAUUCCUUGUGAGGCGUUUCAGAGACUGCUUACUGACAACAGCACCGUGAAAUUCGGCUGAGGGUCAUCGUCAUGAUCACAGACGGAGCCUCGAGCAGUGCAGCUGAUGCACAAACGCUGGAAAGCUGCGAAAUGAGGCAGCUGUAAGGCGCGUUCUCGAGAACCGCCUUCCGUCGCCUACGGUUCUACGUCGCUGCAGUUGACAAAAGCUUCGCGGCCAAAGCUCGACAGAGCCAUUCACCCUAGCGACCUCGUGAGAACAGUAGUCUUCGUGCUUGGCGCGUCAUGGAUCGUCGCAAGAAGCUUCCGUUGCGCCUGGGUCUGUCAUCGGCUGCCGUACCGAGCGUGAAGGUGACGCUGCCUCCGAAGCGUGACCGGUCCCGGUCCCUGUGCGUGGACAGGCUGCCGCCGCUCAUCGCGCGCAGCCCGCCGGCUGUGGCCCGGGCCGUAACCCUGGGCAGACGGUGUUCAGCCUCUGGCACCGCGGACCGUCUCACAGUGAACAGCUGCUACGGACACGGUUCAUCAUCGACUGACCUUGCUGCAAGGAGAGGAGUCUUCAGCAGGCGCCAUUAUGGCUCCGUGGAAAUGUUGGCAUCAUGUGACGGCGACUCGGAAAACAUCGUUCGCCGUUUUCGAGUCGAGACUGGUGAGCGGUCAGACAAGGAGGAGGCCUUUUGGACGCAGGGAAAGGAUGAAGUCUGCCUGUUUGGUUCACCGAGUACACCUGUGCUGGAGAAUCCCGAAUACCAGACCCGUUGGUACUUCAAGUACUUUCUUGGCAAACUGCACCAAAACUACGUGGGUUGCGACUCCGAGAAGACGUGUUUCUUCCUGUCCGUCGUGUUGUGCGAUUCAAACACACAAGGCCUGCAGCAGUACCGUGCGAUCCUCUGGAGGAAGACGGGGGCCCAAAGGAUAUGUCUCUCCCACACACCGAACAAGCCGCUUACAGUCAAGUCAAUACUGAGCAACUUCGAGACACUGGACAGGAUUGAAAAGGGCCCCAAAGAGAUCUUCACUCCAGACAUUCAAAAGGACCUGCUUUUGCUGGAAGAGCAAGAGGGAUCCGUGAAUUUCAAAUUUGGCGUCCUGUACGCUGAGGCUGGCCAAUCUACCGACGACGAGAUGUUCAGCAACGAAGUGGGGAGUCGAGAGUUCGACCGCUUCGUCAACCUGCUUGGCGAGAAAGUUCGCCUUAAGGGCUGGGACAAGUACCGAGGAGGCCUGGAUGUCAAAGGUGACAUGACAGGCAAGUACUCUGUCUACACUAUCUACGAGGGCCACGAAAUCAUAUUCCAUGUCUCUACGUUGCUUCCUUACUCCAAGGACAACAAGCAACAGGUGGAACGAAAACGUCAUAUUGGCAACGACAUCGUGAAUAUAAUCUUCUUGAACGGAAGCUAUGAAGACCACUGCAAUUUCAAGCCAUCCAUGAUCAAGUCUCAGUUUACUCAUAUUUUCGCAGUCGUUUCUUAUAUCAGAGAGGAGGAUGCUUACAGGUUGUCUUUGUUCUCGGAAGAGUCUGUGCCGCUGUUUGGGCCGUCGCUGCCAUGUCCUCCAGUGUUCCACAAUCACCAGGAGUUCAGAGAGUUUGUGCUUGUUAAACUGAUCAAUGGUGAGAAGGCGGCCUUCAACACGCCAAUCUUCGCCCAGAAGCGAGAGAGAACGCUGGACAUGCUGAUAAAGGACCUUUACAACGAGCACAUGUCGGAGAGCAGGACGAAUAUGCUGAACAGACGUGCAUUCAGUGACGUGUUGCCAGAGACACCCAAAGGUUCGCGUCGCAAGGAAGAGGCCAGACAAGUGGAGUUUGUACGAAUUGGACAGGCCCUCAAGCUGGACACCAUUGUUAAAGGGGAUGCUCCCACCAGUCUCGCCACUACUAGUCUCUUCAAACGAGAACCUUGGGAACCCCAAUGUUUCUACCCAGACUUCCCUCACGAUAUUACGUGUGGUGACUCCUGGGGUAACAACAAAUUGGUUCUCGGGAGCGAGUCCGGAAUCUUUCUCAUCGAGGAAGGUCUCACACAUAGAAUGAUAUUUGACAAAACGGUGGUGGUGAAACAAAUCAGCGUGGUGGAAGCUCAUGGUAUACUACUGUUCAGAACAGACAGAGGAAGAGACAGCAGAGUACACGUGUUUAGACUCACUGACUUCGAAGGUGACUCGGCGGCAAAUUCUCUAGUGCGCACGCGGACCGACCUCCGGGACCACAAGCUGGAGCGUACCAAAGGGUGCCACCUUUACGCGCUCAGCCGACCGGGUGGCUCACAUCUGCGCAUGGCGGCGGCCGUAGGCCGGCGGCUACUGGUGCUGCAGUGGCGCCACUCAGCCGCCUGGACCACGUGGUGCUCCGCAUCAGACACUGACACCGUGGAUGGCUUCCAGCUGGUGCGCGAACUACUCGUGCCCGAGGCUCCUGCGCUGCUCACGCUCAUCGACAGCCCCGACAACCACAUUUGCGUCGGCUACCGCCACCAGUUCGACCUAGUCAGUGAGAAGACGGGCGACGCCACCCGCCUUCACACCGUGGACGCCGCCAAGGCACACCUCGUCGCUGCACUCGACAUCUACGAGGACGACGAGGCCGAGCUCCUGCUCUGCUACAACCAUACCACACACUUCCAGAAGUUGAAUGAUGAAAACACAACAGAAUUCGACUUCCAGUGGAAUGCUGUGCCUGACAACAUUGUGUGUGUGUUUCCUUACAUCAUGGCCUUCACGUAUGAAAGUAUUGAGAUUCGUCUCAUCAUUAAUGGGAAUCUCGUGCACAACAUGAUCAUGCCGAAGCUGAAGCUCAUCACUUCCAAGAGUGACAUCUUUUUCGUGAGCACCGCACCGGAGUUCUUUCAAGUUCGGAAAGAGCGCAUCAAGGAAGACCGCAUGGAGCGCGAUUCCAGCGUGUCCCCUCCAUCAUCGCCCCAUUGUGAGUCGACUGGUAGCACGGGCUCCAACGACGGUGCAAAGCCGCUGCGAGUGUACCGCAUAUCGUUCAGUUGCCUGACUGGCAAUUCACCUUGCGAGAGGCGGGUACCGACACCGUCUUUGCCGUCACCACAGCCCUUACUUGCCACACCGUCCUUCGGGUCGUCUUACCUGUCACCCGACUUUCAGGAAGGGUCGCGUUUGCGGCCGGACGUGCGUCCGAGCCGGAGCGCGACCGCAUCACCCGUGCCCCAAAUGCCCCUCCUGCUGCCCGGAUGCCGAUCGGUGUCGCCCAGGCGCCCGGGACUUCACAAGGACCACACGCACUCCGCGAGCUCAGACUCGGGCCUGGGCAAGAGCGUCAGCUCUAGCCCUCCCCCCAGUCCGCACAACCACGCCUAGCGCCACGCCUCCUUGGGCUGCGCCACACAUCCCUGCGAUCGAGGCUCCUUGCUGGCCGGGGCCCGGGCAACAGACACGUCGGCGUCUGUUCAUCCUUCAUUCCUCUUUUCAUCGAGACACUCGAAGUUUUCCCUUACGCGAUUAACAAUACGCGUGUUUACUUGUACUAGACGUGAAGCGCUGAGCGGGGCUCACUUUCCCUGCUCCAGACACGUAUCGUGGACGCCAGCUCGGGAAGUAUGUGCUUGGGGCUUGCUAGUCUGCUGUUCGAUUCGUUUCACGCCACUGGAGUGACUUGUAGCGUCGCUGCUUCAUUUUAGUGGUGUCCACCCAGAUUUUGUCUUGGUUGCGUGACAGAUUUGCGUUCCGAAAUGUAGCCUUCUUUUUUUAUAUUAGCACCAAGCUCUGGCAAACAGUAUGGGAACCCUACAUAUGUCUGGUCACUUCACUGUUUUACUCAUUCACAAAAAAAAAAAAGGAAACACGUCGUAGUGGUGCCGUCCUUUUUUUUUUACGUUCGCCCUCUCGAAAGGCGUCAUUGUAUUUCGCAUCCUCAUGUUCGAACGUAUGUCACCGGGUGUGACUACUUUCAACCCUUGAUGACCUUCAGCCUCUCAAACUGAGUAGCUGUGCAGUUUCUCCUUUCCCUAAAACGUUCGGUGGCAGCUGCUUCGAAGUGUUAUUCUGCGAGCAGGGGCACUGGUUUGUGGAGCAGUUCACGUGAGUUCCCUUGACGCUUCGCAGGCGGGACGUCCGUAAGAGGCGUCCGGCAAAGGGUAGUUUCGAACCAUCUUCUUGUUCGAAGCUGUUCGUGUUCGUGUCGUGCUUAUAGCAACCUAAGCACGUAUACUCAGUGCAAAUGGUGUAGUAGGCUUCUUAUCAGAACAGCCUCAGAGUUAACUUUUCACACACUUUUUUGCUCCAUACGAGACUCUUAGAAGAGCAUUCAUUUUUUUUAUUCGAGAUACGUCGUUCAGGGAAGCCUAAAUGCGUCAAUGAAAGAAAAAAUAAUGGCAUCAGUUUUAACGCGAUGACACUAUCGUGCGGCAAGCGUACAGGCGCACAUGAUUAUGUUUUUUAUUAAAGUUAUUUUAAAAAAAGAAAAAUGUUGGAAUCAAAUGUUCCUUGACAUUCCAAAAUAUUAAGUCAGGUUGUGUCUGCUACCUGAUAUGUAUGAGUUGUACUUUCGAAGACUUACUGCUUGCGAAGUGAGAGGAGAUAACUGAUGUCAACAUCUGUUUUAUUUGCUCAUGUUAGUGCAUAACUGGGCUCGCUGCAAAUCCGCAGAACUGUUGCCUAUGGUUGGAGCAACAGGGAGUAGGCGGCCGAUUUCAGUUCAGUGGUCAACUUUAGUGAUCGCUCGCUUUCCCAAGAAAGCAGUACUUUGACGCCAAGCUCAUUUUCCUUUCAUCUUCUCUCUCAGCAACGUUAAGAGAAUGAUGCAGGAGCUAUGAUGAGUGCUGUAUACUGAAACCCCCUCCGUACUUUACGUGUAAAGUAGGCGCAAUCAUUCACGAACUCUUUCCUUGCUUGUGAUGUGCCAUUUUGGGGGGCCUGUGCUCGCAGCGAUGUUUCCAUGAGCGCCGGCACUGUGUUCCAUUGCCGCUGUGUGUAACAACCAUACCACCUUUUUUGCUCGAUGUUAGAACUGAUGGGAUACUGCGGAUUUGUGCUAGCUUCGCUGUCUAUUCAUUGAGGCAGCUUGAACAACAAAACUGUUAUUUUACACUGCGCGGGCAGGUGGUUUAAGUACGGCUUUCAUUUUUUUGUCUUUUGUUUUUUUCGCGAAGCUCGUUGUCAGCUAAACAGAAGUAUUUCGGGGGUGUAUACACUGCCCUCGUGGUUUUUGUGUAAUGUUGACUGGAUCUGCUCAAGUUGACAUUUAUAUUUUCAAGAUCUGGGCAUUUCAGAGUGUUUUUGUCAUUCUGCUUUUUCACCCCUCUGUUUUUUCUCCGUUUGCUUUUGUUUUCGUGCCGCCGGCUAUUGUCUUUCGUGAAACGCAAGUUGGGCGAUCCAUCAUUGUAUUGCAACAAACAAAACAGGCCUGUGAAAAACGGUAGACAUCGCGGUCAAUUUCAAACAUGUUCUUCUGCAAGAUCCACUGCUUGCUCAUUCUGAACGAACUGCGAGGUAUCCCUAUAGGCGAACUUCUAUGGUGUUGCCCGGCAGAGUGGUGGUAACCCAGUGCCCGGUGAUCUUUGGGCACGAAAAUGGGAGGACAGAGAGCCAUUGCAUUGGGUUUCUCGUGCGUCGUGUUGAGGUCCCGUAGUACCGAGGGCGCAACGUAAGCGGCAGGCCAGAAAAAACGGCGAGAACCAUGGAAUUUCUGUCGUCUAUGCCACAUGCCUAUGUGUGACGAAACCAAAGACAAAACAAACAAACAAGUACACAACACCUGCUCAUAGCCGUCAUGUGAGUUCAUCCAGUGUAUAAGCCUUACCUUCUCCAUUCCAUACAUCAUAACCCAUCAACAGUUAGCCCAAGACGCUGAGGAAACCUCUCCGGGUGUGUGACACGACUGCCUUUCCUCCUGGCUUCAUGCCACUCGCUGUACCGACCAACAGUUCGUCAAGCUAUUUCUUUCAUGCUCUAACAUAUUGUAAAGCUGUAUAUACACCGAGGAGGUUAUGGCUGUAGGUUAAGUUAUCCUUCUUGUUGCCAGAGCAUUACAAAGCACGCCUGCAAUCGUUCGCAAGCAGCAUGGCAUUGAAUUGUUGAAGCCAGAGAUUUACGUCACUCUCUUCUGCUUUUAAACACACAAAAAACUAGUAGAACGGUUGCAUCUUGGAAUGACUUUGCCAACCAAUAAGAAGCGCUUAGUGGCUCGUUCACGGGCACUUUAAAUGCCGGUGUUAUAGUUUUGACGUCUACAAACGAGUCUUGUUUGUCUUUAGUUGCUUGAAUAGUAUACACAAAUGCUUGAGCCACUGUUUCAAGUGUUGGAAUUUCUGUGAGCUCUGUAACACAUGCUCUAACUCAAGCUUCAUAACACAAGAAAGCGCUUAUUGGGAGCCGACGCAUCUAUAGGUAGCCUUUUGAUUUUCAGUCUUGCAAGUUUUUUUUUUUUUUUCUAAACAAGAAACUCCUGCAAGGGCGUUUCAAUGCGCAAAAAAGUACAGGACUCAUUUUUACCUAUGAGCACCCAUGAUGAGAUAUUCAAGCAAGAACUUUUGCCAAGUUAUUAUUUUAUUUUUGUUUAGAACUUCCCGCCUGACCGGUAAGAAAAAAUUAUGCACGCAGGGAUUUUAAUCUCUACCGUUUCAGCCAUUGCACACAUUGCAGUUUUUUCAAGCUGCUGCUGCUCCUGCUUUCAUGUAGCGUCAGUAUUUUUCCUGUGAGUGUAUUCCACACCAAAAGCCUGUUCAUGCUCAAGUGUGUACACUGCGACAUUCGUGUAAAAUCAGUUAGCUUAGAACAUUUCAUACGUGCAUCUGCGUUAAACUGCGCAUCUACUGUAGCGCCGAAGGAAAGAACCCUUGUUAAGAUAGCAGUGUGUGGUUCUGAAAAAGGAAGAAAAAAAGGGGGUACAUUUGAACCUUGAGCGUUCAGCACUGACACGCCGAAGGACGAGGCAAAGAACGUUCGGCCAGGUGUGGGUGUCUUCCUCCACCCUCUGUCAUGAUCUUGAUCUUGAGAGAAAAAUGACAGCAAGACUUGAAGACGAUGUCGUGCAGCUAGGCCAUUGUAGGACAUUGGAAUCAUUCUGAAGGUGCUGUAGGAACAGUGAAAAGACAAAACAAACGCGCGCAAAGAGCUUAGCGAUGCUCCGAACAAUACGGAGGGCCGAGUAUGAGGCUCGACGAAACUUGUGGACUUAAGGAUGAGUGUACAGUUUGUACUACGUUUUAAUAUAUUUGUAAAACAUUGCACACGUUUUUUGUACAGCGAGGACAAACCACCACCACGGUAGCUUUCGGCUCUUUAGAGAUGUAGUGCUCGCGGAUGCACGCGGUCGCCGACGCGACGCUACCUGCCGCGACAGGGCACAAAUAACCCGCCGCGGCGCCCUCUUUUAUCUUUCCGUUCCUCUUUCUUUCGGCCAGGGUAACGUGGAGAAAAAAAUUGUGCGUACAAAUGAGUGCUUAAUUUAUUUUUGUAUGCGUGAUGCAUGUAAAUACACUCUCUGCACCGCAAGUCAGCGCAUAUUGUUUUCUAGUUUCGACUCUGGUCAAGUUUGAGAAAAGGGCGCGAGAAAUAUAGGUGAGGCUUUGAGUGCAAUGAAGAGUGGUGGUUGAGGGCGAGUAUUUCGGCGCAGUGAAAAAGAAUACAUACUAUACAUGCACAUUAUAUAGGUGUUCCUUAGCUGUUGUUUUAUCCCCCUGCAAUUUCUUGUUCUUGUUGUUCGAGUGUUCACGUUUCUGUUGCUGUCUCGAAUACAAGCCUUGAGAGUACAAUUUUUUCAAAUGAUUAACUCCAUCACGACCACCCCGCAACACGUCACUGUUGUUUACAAGCAGCCUCUCUUCUGGGUAGCCAUUAAUAGACAAACACGUAUACAGGGUGUUUUUUUGUUCUUUUUGGUUGUACAAAAACCUGAAUACCUAAGCUAAGCUUUUCAUUCACACGUUUGUAUCCACGGCACAGGCUCUAAGAAUUGCAUGACCAUUCCCCAUUAAAGUUACAAGCCGUUGUAAGACGUCAGAAUGAAUUUGUCUGAAAAGCCGCAGUGCAAGCAAAAUAAAAGUCUGUAUGUGUCUAUAUAGCAGAUAUAUGUAUAUCAUAUACUCGCCACAAUAUGGGGGCGUUCACUAGCGCGCCCACAUUGUCUUUCCUCUCCCAUGUACGUGCUUUGUCCGCGGAUCAUCUCGAAAACAAGAAAGUGUUAUUUUACUGUCAUGGUUGAAAAACAUUUUGCGCUAUAUUAUGAAGAAAAACAACCGGUGUGUAAUAUCAGCAAUAUAGGUGGAUUUUUGCGGAACUCUCUGCGUUGUCUCGGGCACUAGUUUGUGACUGAGUGGUCAUUUAUAAAUGCACUUUGGUGUUUAAAUGGCUUGUAUUUAGUUUCGCGUGUUCGUGUUCAUGUUCUUUUUUUCAGUCACCGGCAACGUCUUAAAGGCAUUGAUUGAUUGAUAUG